AUGGCAUUCAAACGGAAAAUAUCUGGAGGCGGUUUUACUGAAAACAUUGCCAAUCAUGGCGCCGCCAAAAAGCCCUAUUUUGGCAGAAGAAAUCUGGACAGGUACCAGCAGGAGGGCCAAGACUUAGCCCGGAAGGGCAAAUACGACGAAGCUCUUCGAGCCUUUGGCGAUGCUUUGCUGCAGCAAAAUGUCCAUCCGCCAGAUAUCUUGGACAGCCGGUCUGCAGUGUACUGCAAAAUGGGACUAUAUGACAAGGCCCUGAGUGAUGCGAAACGCAUGAUCAAGUCCGACAACCAGGAUGAGCGGGGCUACUUGCGCGCCGCCAAAGCUCUUCUCCUUUCACGGAAGCCUGAAAAGGCUCUUGAGGUAUACGAAUAUGCUUUGAAAGCCCUUGAUAAAUAUCACACCCAGCGUGAGGUACUGGAAAAUAUCCACUCUAAGCUGUCUGCCAAGAUGGCAUCACAAUACAGAGAUCCAAUCGAGUCUCUGAAUAAUGACUGUCUACUUCAGAUAUUUGAGUACAUACCCUUCAGACAGAGAGUGCGAAUAACUCGGGUGUCCAAAACAUGGAAGACAUAUAUCAGAGGACAGCCAUCUUUCUGGUUAGAUAUAUCUUUCAAAGGGUCCCGUCCACCCGCCCCCGCCGAAUCCGUCAAGGCAUGCAUUCAGUAUUCUCUCAAAAGGCUCAAGAGAGCACAGAUCCACGACGUGAAGAAUCCCCUCAAUGCCGUUCAACUGGUUUAUCAAUGCCCCAAACUCGAAUACCUCGAUGUUGACUGCACGAUUGCGGAAGACCACCUCUACAAGCUAUUCCACUUGAAGCAUACUCUGAAGACUCUCAUAAUUUCAGACAAAAUACCUAUAUGCAACGAAAAUGCGGCCAACUUGCUCAAGCUGCCAAAUCUAGAACACUUUGAAGCGCAUCGCUAUGUGCUGGAAUCUAAACGACCAAUGAGUCAUACCUUGCCUCUAACGAAUAUGAAAUGUCUUAGCUUGAACAUUAUACCCAAACCAGGCCAGACCAUUUUUCGCCCCUUUUGGAUCGGAAGACCUUCGUUAAGCUCUGCCACUGAACCCGAUAAAAUCAAUUCUGAACAAGUGCCAAAACUGGAAAAAAUCAAUCUUGCUGCGGGGAAGGUAAAAACGGCCAGAGAUUUCUCCCUCCUUUUCUGUUUGGACUACAUCUGUCAUCCUAACUUUAAAACUAUCAAUCUUUCAUAUCUGAAGUUUGUGGGCACUUUUGGAUUCCACGAAAAGCUCGAAAACUUAUCCCUCGUCUAUUGUUCCAUUCAUUUUAUGACUUGGAUCGACAAUGGACUCCCAUUAAUGCUCCCAAACCUCAAAAGCUUAGUCCUUCACCAGCUUGACUGGAUCGACGCCACCCACAUCCACCGCAUUCUCGAACACAACGCUGGUGUGCUAGAGAACCUCCAGGUUGUCCUCUGUGACAAGUUUACUGCAGCCGGUCUCGAGCAGCUUGUCACUUCUGCCCCCGAUGCGUUUCAAAAUCUGAAAUCGCUGCACAUUUAUGGAAUGGGGCUUUACAAUCUCGGCGAUACCACUUUGUCCCACUUGCUCGAGAAAGCGCCUCUGCUUAAGGAACUUCAUGUGCCGCACACGCAAGUGACUGGUUCUCUGAUCAAAAGAAUCAUCCAGUUGCGAGACCAGCCCUCGGGGGGGAAUACUACCGAAACAUCUUCGUCGGGAAUCAGCGUGCUCAACCUCAAGGGGUGUGUGGACGUGUCAUACGAGGCGUUGGAAUGGGGUCGGCUUAACGGAUUGAAGAUAUUGAGACUGUGA